AUGAAGAUCGUCAACAGUCUACGCUUCCUUCUUGUCGGACUUGUGGGUGUCGCGACGGCUUCCCCUGCCAGCGAUGUCGAAACAGGCUCCCACCAUCCAUCCUCCAAGGUCAACCUGACUGAUCUGUCUUCCUUGAAAUUGAAGGGAGGAGAAGCAGUCCAAGAUGAACAAGGACACAAAGAGGAGGAACUCCCAACCAUUGCUGAGCUGGUCGAAAACCAGAAGGCAUCGAUCCAAGUUGACCGCGAGGUGAAUUUGAGGCAUCGCCUCCUGAGCGGGGCAGGGCAAAUCCGACCAGUCUUUGGGAAUAAUGGCAAAUGCAGCAAUCAAAAGUUCACCUAUGAUUCCAGCACAAAGCAAAUCAAGGUCGACGGGAAAUGUUUGGAUGACAAAGGCAGUGGAGACCGCAAUGUAUACGCCCACACUUGUCACAAUGGAAAUAAUCAGAAGUGGAGGACCGAUAACAAGGGCAGGAUCCAAGUCCUCUCAGAUUAUAAAUGUCUUGAUGUUACAUCCGGCAGAAACCUCUACAUGAGAGGUUGUUGUGAUAACUGUGAGGGACAACGCUGGUAUGUUCCUCAGCAUUUCCCGACUACCAAGAGCGAGAUCCAUCCUGUCCUUAGCUCAGCCGCGUGCUGGGAUGUUGGUGGCACGGAUAAGAAUUUGUAUGUCAACGGGAAUUGCCACAAUGGAGACAACCAGCAGUUUUACUAUUCCCCUUAUUCCGAGAGCAUCUUUCUGCCCUUGGCGGAUGGUUCGGGAUGCUUAGAUGAGAACGGUAGCACUGGCAAUGUGUAUGCCUUUCGAUGCCAUCAUGGCAACAACCAAAAAUGGUGGAUGGAUUCCUAUGGCAGGAUCCGUAAUCGCCAUGACACCAGCCGUUGCAUGGAACAGCAUAGUUCGGGCAACAACCUGAGAAUGGUUGGGUGCAACGACAAUGACAAUCAGAGAUUCAUUGUUCCGCAUGAAACAUUUCCCGUUGCUGCUAGUCAGGUGAAGCCUUUCUACGAUCUUGGUAAAUGCUGGGAUAGUGGAACAAACAAGAAUCUGUACCUGGCAUCAAGCUGUAGCAGUGGUAAUUUCCACCAGCAGUUCUACUUCAUGGCUCAAUCGGAGCGCAUCUACGAUGCCUAUGGUAAUGGAUGUCUGGAUGAUGACGGAAGUAGUGCUAGAAAUGUCUAUUCACACAGAUGCCAUGGUGGAAGCAACCAAAAGUGGUAUGCUGACAGUCUUGGAAGACUUCGAGGCAGAAAGGAUAACAAGUGCCUGACUAUUGACAGCAACAACCUAGUCAUGAAAGAUUGCAAUGACUCGAUUUACCAACGAUUUGUUGUCCCAGCAUCCUUCCCAAGGGUUACAAGCCCAGUAAAGAGCGUGUUCAACACUGGUCUCUGCCUCGCUGCGAUGUCUGACAGGAAAGUUAUGGCGCGCUCUUGUCGGGGAGACAAGGAUGAGGAUUUCUUUUAUGUUCCAGACUCUCAGCGGAUCUUUGUAGCUUCAGGUCAAGGGUGUCUUGAUCCCACUGUCAACAACAAUGUAAUUGUACAUCCAUGCCAUGGCCAAAACAACCAAAAAUGGUAUAUGGACGACCGUGGCAGGAUUCGUGACAAGCAAUACCAUCACUGCCUUACUCGGGCCUCAAAUAACAACUUGGAACACAGGGGCUGUGAUGAUAAGGACAGUCAGAGGCUUGUCCUUCCAGAGAGUUUUCCUGUGAGCACAAGCAUUAUCAAGCCAUUCAACAAUGCCAAUCUAUGCUGGGGACUUGCAAGUGACAACACAAACAUGAUGAUAGUCUCCUGUUCCUCCAGCCAAAACUUCUUUUUUGUCCCUGAAUCCGGCCGCAUCAUUCAUCUUCCCUCAGGAAAAUGUGUGGAUGACGCUGGUAAUGGAGGCCGUAAUGUUUACUUGGGUUCAUGCCACAACGGUAAUAAUCAGAAGUUCUUUGUUGACGAUAAGGCAAGGAUUCACACCAGACGGGAUGGAAAAUGCAUCGACAUUAACACAGACAACAACUUGUUUGUGAAAGAUUGCAACGAUGAUGACUCGCAACGAUUCAUUUAUCCAAUUUCUUUCAAAACCAUUUUGAGCCCAGUGACACCGUACGCAGACCAGACAAAGUGCUGGGAUAUUGGAGGCAUCAACCUCUACCUGCAUCCUUGUCACAAGGGCAGAAAUCAAGACUUCGUCUACAUCCCAUCAACUGAACAAAUCAUGGCUGGUCAUGGGACUGGGUGCUUGACUGACGAAAGCUCCGGUGGUCGAAGUGUCUUUUUUGGAACUUGUGGCACAGGCAACAACCAAAAGUGGUACAUGGAUGCCCAAGGUAGGCUCCACAGCAGGAUUGACGAGAUCAAGUGCCUUGACUUGAACAAAAGCAACAACAACCUCUACAUGGAAGUGUGCAAUGACAGCUUCAGUCAGAGGUUUUCCUACCCAAAUUCAUUCCCUAUUGUCACCACAAAUGCUCGCACUGCCUACGACAGAAGGCAAGAACUCAACCGCAUCUACGGAACAGUCGAUCGGCACAUCUAUGGUUAA